UUACAGCUGUUAUGAGGUCCAACUUCAACUUAUCUAUAAUUUUGUGAUUGUGAUAGAGCGCCUUUCGAAAUCAAGGUCCACUAGUUUUUCACACGGCAUGGAGAAAUGUUAUAAUCAAAUAGUAUCGUACAUAAAUCCUCGCUUCCAAACGAUUGUGACGCUACUAUAGAUAAGUUAUCAGUGAAUUAGUUGACAAAUACCUUGUUUUUUUACUAAAAUGUCUUCGAUUGUCGAAGAUAUUUGCGAACUUUUGGAUAGUUACAAUGGAAGAGACAAGGUGGUUCGUUUAACAUGCUAUGCCUUCAAACUAUACGGAUGUAUCAAAGGAGAGCAGCCAUGGCAGACGGCAGGUUCCCGGCUCUCCAACGCAAGGAUGAUGCUGCGACUCUUCGAUGAUAUACCUAUGAUACGACAUACAUAUAACUAUGGCCUAGGAAAGCAUGAGUCAUCAAAGAUGGCAGCAUUGCUAGGGGUACUAGCUAACAUGGUGGACCAAGCAUUUCUCCCGGUGGAGAAGGCUUGUUGGCUGCACGAGGUGGGCAUCCUCAAGCUGUCCACUAAAACUGCUGAUAGGCUAGAGGUAGUCAGCACCGCGCUCUGGGCGGCGAGUCUAUAUAUAUCCUUGCUACAGACACUACGCUCUCUACGCCAUCUGUGGUGGAGUAGAGAUUGUCUACAAACAUGUUCAGAGAACGGUGGUGUGGACGCACGUAAGAACUUAGAUGUGAGGCUGACCCUGGGUGCAGUUACCGCAGGGAAACUCUGUCUGGAUAUAGCUCAUGCUGUCAGCUGCUUACCCCCCGGCUGGCUGUGGGGGGAGAGGAUAGGGCCUACGAAAGUCGCAGCAAUCGCAACCACCUCCUCUGUUAUAGGUAUCGCGUUGUACUUCGCAAGGAAACGAUUGAUAAAAUAGUAAAUUCGUACAAAUAUUGUAACGUAAUGUAAUAUUCCGUUCAUACUGCCACAGUUAAUAAGUAGUUUCAAACUUUGUUAAACGAAAGUCUAAGAGACUUGUAGAGAGGUUAUUCUGGUUUCAUCGUAUUUCUUCCACUUACGGUAAGUCCACUGUCCUAACAAUUUUUUUUAAUACAGUAUUGCCGUCCCUUUAAUUAUUAUCGUAAACAGAGAUAAUGUUUUAUACAUCUGUCAAAGUUAAAAUUUACGGUAAGUAUAAAAACAUGUUUUAUGAUAAUACAAAUAUUGAUUAGAUUAAAUUGUGUCAUGUUUAUGUAGAUGUAUCGGCAGUGUGAACAUAUGGUAAAGUUGGGUGUCCUUUAGAUUUAUAUAAAGGGUUGUGUAAAGGGAUUUGUUACUUUCUAAUAACGCGAGAUAAUAAAUGCGAUUACCUCAAGCAAGUUGUGAUGGCCUUAAGUGUACUUACUAUCAAUGCAGUAAUUCUAUGUCGUUAUUUUUUUAUAUGUCGCCAAUUGUGAAUGUGUUUGUAAUUUGCCUGGACAAAUUGUGAAGUCGGGGAGUAGUUUUGCACGAUAUAAUUUACAUGGUUAUUUACCAUGAGUUUCUGAGACCAAAAUCCCCGUUUAAAAUAUAUUGUUAUCUCUGUUUAAUCGAAGAUAAGUGCAGGAAUGCAGAUAUGUUUUGAUAGAGUCUCGGAAACGUACGGUUAGAAAAUGUAGAUAUUUGGACCAUUCUAUUAAAUGUUAUAAAAUUCAAAAGUUAAUAUUACACACAAAUCUGUGUUCAACCUGGGUUUUAUAAUUCUCUUUCAAUUAAAUUGUACCUCAAAUCAGGAAACCUUAAAACAUUCUCUAAGGAAGGAGUUUGAUGUUCGGCAUUCUAAAAUAUAAUCCUGA